CUUUACUUCCUCGCUCUCUGACACCUAAGGUUGAGGUUCGUAGGUUAAAGGCUGUCCACGCUGCUCUACAUGUGUUAUUCUUUUGUCAUGCGUUGAAAUAAAGUGCGGUAACAUGGGAAAGAAUAAGAAGAACAAAAGUAACGAGUCAGGAAAACAAGCAGACAAGACCGGACAGCAUCCAAGUGAUAAGAAGCUCAAACGAGAUGGAAAACCCAAGAAAGCCAAAGAAGAGGACCACCUCACACACAUCCCCUUCAGGCUCCGAGAGAUAAUGAAGGGCAAGGAGAGAAUGAAAAAGGGAUCGAUGAGAUCCAAAAAGCUAAAAGAGGCCAUCUCCCGUAAAGGUCAGCCAGGGGAUGCUCCGGAUGGAGACAUACCUGUGCCACAUUUCAGGAGGGGAAAGGACGAAAGUGAGAAGGCGUACCUGCGGCGCAUGGAGAGGGACACAAAACAUGUCCUCUUCCUCACUAAGAACCAAGUAGACAGAAAGCCUGAGCUGGAGGCAGACAAGGGCAAGUCCGAGAAAAAGAAGGAGUAUGAUACAGUGAAAUUACAGAGGCUACUGCAGAAAAAGUUGAACAGACAAGAGGCCAUGAUGGAAAAAGAGAUGUUUGUAGAUCAUGUUCCCUUUGGGGAAGUUACAAUGGCCCCACCAUCCUUGAGCACCAAACCCAAGAAAGCUCAGGUCAAAUCUCAGAAGGCUUCAAAGGAGCUGCUUCUCAACUCUCUCCUGGGCCACACAGUGGCCUCCACAACCAAGCCCUCCAUGGCCAGACAGAGAAUCAUGGAGGAGGAGAGGGAACGAGCAGUGGAGGCCUACCGUCAUCUGAAGAAACAGAAACAGCAGCAGCAUGAGGCCAGGACUGCCAGUCUGGAAAAACUCAAGAAAUUUCAAUGAUGUCUCAGGCCACUCAAAUCAAGGAAUUAUAAUUACUUAACUACAGUCAGUAUGAGCGACUGCAGUUCAGAAACUGAGACAGCUCAUGAGAUAACCAUCAGCAGACUGGUGAGGAGCUUACCACAAUUUAGCUAACUGUGAGUAAAAGAAGCAAACAUUUGCAUCCACAGGCCACAGCAUGAGGUAAGUUUAAGUACUAAUAUUUAAUGUAAUAAUUAUUUCAAAAGAGAACUGGACAUUAUAAUGAUUAGUGGAACUAAUCACCCCUAACUACCAUGAAAUACAUAGAGACAGGUGGCUUUUGUCGAUUUCUCACCCUUGUAACCAUGUUGGAAGUUCACUAGCAGGUGUUCAUUUCUAUUUACUAUUUUCAUAUUUCCAUCUGUAGAUCACCACUAUGCCAACAUUUUUGAUGUGAUAGACAAUAAAAUCAUUAAGGUUAUCUCAAGGCAAAUAUAAACUGCUGAUUGUUUUCUGAAGUUCCACUAGAUGGCAGUCCUCCUGUAGAGAGCUGGUUUCAUACUGUUUGUAUGGAGGGCUGACAGAACAUGCUGACUGAAUUAUUUUUUUGCCUUUUUUUUAACGUAAAAAUGUUUAUUUGGUGGCACACUGUGCCAUAUUAUAUAUGUUGGUUUAUGGCUAGUUUAUGUAGUCUUUUACCAUAUACGAGUCUGUAUUCAGUGAGUGGAACUGAGCGCAAUUUAUGUACAAAUGUAAAAAAAAAAAAAGACUAAAGUUCUCAGCAUUAGGUCUAUUUAAUAGCUGGAUUUGGAGCUUUUGAUCAUAUCACAUGAUCUUCAUCAGCAGAUAGAAUUUGCCCAGUUGUCAAAAUCGCAUUUUAUUCCUGGUCACUUAAAGGUUUCCCAUCCAUAUUGGCUUUAAAAAAAUUUGAGGUUCUAAGUUCACUCCUAAGCUUGGAAACAGUCUCGCCAUCAGGUCCAUUUAGUAGUAGUUGUAGAGCUUUCAGUGAUCUGACAUGAUCAUCUUUGAAGAUCUUAUGACCUGUUUUCUCAGCUUUCUCAGAACAUUUUGUAUUACCGUUUUGUUGAAAGAUGCUAAACAGAUAAAUUUGUCUUGCUCCAUCUUGCCUCCUGUUUCCAGGCUCAAGAAUUAACUUUGAACCUCAACAGUAAGAAUAAACAAACUUCUUGGGAGACAAAAAGCAAGAAUUCGCAAUACCUUGUUUCCCUUUGUAACUCUCUGAGAGCCUGAAUGCAGGGAUAAAUGAAUCACAUCAGCCUUUUUAAAUGUGGAAUACUUAUUAGAGCCUGGCACAGCUAUUUACAUUUGUAAUCCCUAAAAGCUCAUAAACAAGUCCUUUGUUUGAACAUUGGCCUCUGGGACAAACUGUACAAAUUCAGAUGUUUUCUUUGACAAGUUGAUCUCUCAAAGCAUCGUAGAUCAAAAAGAAAACAUUACAAUGUUAAUAUUUUUGCAAUAGUGGUCUACUGAAUAAUAUCAGCCGAUGGUAUUAUCUAGUAAUACUGAAUACCUGUUGUCUGCUCUGUGGGUUAACAAUCAUUUCUGUUUGUUCAGCUUGACCAUUAAAACCAUCAGUCUUUUUUUAUUUUA